AUGGACUACGUGCAGAAGGUUGAGGCGAAGAACCGUAAGACCCUGCUUCCAACUCUUUCGGCUAAACGUUUGGACUUCUAGUUCGCCAAAGGCGUUUGUUCAUUAUAUGUAGCUAAAAAAGUUCACGGUCUAGUCGAUUACAUGGGACUAAAGAACAAAAUUGAAGUUUAGAUUGAUUGGUUUGAAAAUCUUAUGAACUUCUUUGCUUGUAAAGUUUUUGACUUUAGCCGCAUUUCAAUGAAGAAAAUAAUUGAAGAACGAUUUCCGUUAGUUUAUAUUAUAUGAGAACUUUUUUGCCAGCCCGAAGGCUGGCUUCACCAAAAAUGGACCGCUCUUAGCUGAGACCAGGUCUCACCCAGAAGGCGCCACGCGGAGGCGGCGAUCCGAGCCCUCCUGCUAUGAUCUUGGUAAGUAUGGUGAUAGCGACGUUGCAUUGUCGGCCUCCUGA